AUGACAACCAGUAUAGUCAAACAUUCAUCUGAUUGUGCUAAAUGUGCUAUUUGUCAAUGUCGUUGUUGUAUAAAUAAACGUACAAAAUGUUCACGAGUAAAAAAAUCUCUUAUUCAAUCGGAUAUACAAUAUAAUGAUCAUGAACGUCAUUGUUUACUUAUUCUUGUACGUCAUGGAAUGAGUCAAGAUGAAGUUGAUAAACGUUUUUCUGGAUGGAAUGAUUGUGAUAUAUCAAAUAUUGGUCAACAACAAAUGCAUCAGACAGGUCAAGCACUUCAUCAAGCAAAUUUUUCCAUUGAUAUAUGUUUUACAAGUGUCCUUAAACGUGCUAUUAAAUCUUUGUUUAUUAUUCAAGAAGAAAUGGAUUAUUUAUGGUUACCUGUAAAUAAUAUAUGGCGACUUAAUGAUCGUAUGUUAGGUAGUCUGACUGGUUUUCAUCGUGAUAGAGCUGAAUCUUUAUUUGGUCAAAAUCAAAUCAAAGAAUGGCUCACACGAUCUGAAUCGGCACCUCCAUUACUUGAAGAAUCGAAUACAUUACAUCCUAGAUUGAAUUAUAAAUAUCGUAAUAUCUCUUCGAUUGUUCCAUCGACAGAAACGCUUAUUGAUGUUCGAAAACGACUUUUACCGUUCUUUUAUGAUCAAUUAUUAAGUAAUUUAUAUUUUGGUAAAAAUAUUCUUGUUGUUACACAUGAAGAUAUAAUAAAAGCACUCAUUCGUCUUUUGAAUAAUUAUACUGUAGAUGAAUUUGGUAAUCAAGAGAUACCAAUUGGUAUACCUAUUAUAUUUGAAUAUUCAUUAAAUACAAAUGAAUUAUUUAAUGCUUAUUAUCUUUCAUCAACAUUACUUGGGAAUAAUACAGAUAAUCAAUAUCACUUAUUUCCAAUAGGAUUUGGUAAUAAAAUAUUAACAACAACGAAAGAUAUCAUGAAACAAUUACCAUUACUAAAUAUUAAUUCGAACAUAUCUAAAGAGAAACGAAAUAUUUAUAAUAAAAAACAUUCAAUGGAUACAAACGAUCCAUUCAUGGAUAUAGAUAAUAUUUCUGAUAUAAAUGAUUCCAGAGUAGUUGUUCCCCUAGAUGAUCAACAACAAAAUGAUAAAGAAUUCGAAUCUUCAACACUACCGACAGCUGGUAUUUCCUUACAUGAAUCGGCUACAUCAAUUCAAGCAAAUCUGAACGAUGAUGUACUAAUUCGAGAUGGCAAUGCUUUUUCUGAUAAUGCUCAUGUCAUUAGUUCAUCAAAACGAAAACCAGAUCAUAUAAUAAAGAAAGAUAAAAAUUGUUGUUCAUCUACUUCUGCUAUAUAUAUGCCAUCGAUCGACAAAAAUGUUAUGAAACAGAUUACAUAA